GAUACUAAAAAUAAGCAGGAGGAACGAACUCGACUAAGUCGCAAGUGGAAACGAAACCUCUCCCAUAGUUCUGUCGAAUACGGCCUUGCGCGGUUCAUAUUCUAAUUACUUACUUCCUAGUUACUUUGUCUUUUCCGUCUCUCCUCUACUGUCUUUAUCUAAUUUUCCAAUCAGGAGCGCUUCAACCUUCGUCAAAUUUCAACUCCCAUGAAAGUGAUCUCGUGAGGAGAUCAUCAACACAUCAUGGAUGCUCUUAAGUCCUACCUCCCACCAAUUGUCCAGGCGUAUCCCGCCGCUAGUCUGGCAGUUGUAGGAGCUGUAUCAUAUAUUGUAUAUGGGAUCUGUUUGGUGAUAUAUCGACUGUAUUUCUCGCCUUUGGCGGGAUUUCCUGGGCCUAAAGUCGCAGCUGCCACGCAUUGGUAUGAGUUUUAUUAUAAUUUUUGGCUGCAAGGGAAAUAUAUAUAUGAAGUUGAGAGAAUGCAUCAAAAAUAUGGACCAAUUGUUCGAAUCAAUCCUGGAAUUCUGUGCAUCAAUGAUCCUGAAGCUUACGAUGAGAUAUAUGUAUCCGAGGCUAAACGGAAGACGAACAACUACCAACCAUUUAGUCAAGGAUUGGGUUUUGACGGAUCCCAUUUCUUGACCGAAGAACAUGAUUUGCAUCGACGAAGAAGAAAGCCAUUGGAGCCAUUCUUCUCCCGCUCGGGUAUUCUCCGUCUACAGCCCUUGUUGGCCGAGACAAUCGAGAAACUUGACUCUCGCUUUGCUUUGGCCAAAGGCACUGGAGCUGUCAUACGGCUAGAUCAUGCCUUCUUCGCCAUGUCUGGUGAUGUGGUCGGUAAAUUGUGCUGGGCUGAAAAGGAGGACUUUUUGGAUGAGCCUAACUUUUCUCCUGGAUGGUAUAAUCUUAUCCACGGCAUUAUAAAGUCCAUCUAUCUAUUUCAAAUGUUCCCAUGGAUUGCACAAGCCGCCAACAGUCUGCCUAAAUUUCUUAUUGCUCGAUUAUUGCCCCAGGCUUUGGUAUUUGAUGAUUUUGAUAAGAUGACUCUGCGCAAUGUAGCAAUUGCCAAACAAGCUAAAUUGGACAAGUCUGAACGUGACCCUUUCAGACGCAAGUAUCCUUCUCUUUUCCACUGGAUUGUCAACAGUGAAAUGCCUGAAUCCGAGUUGGACGAUCAACGUCUUGCCAACGAAGCUCAGGUCAUCAUGUCGGCUGGUAGUACCAGCACUGCUCGCACUUUGAGUCACAUUACCUGUCACAUCUUAUCUAGACCGGAGAUUCGUGCACGUCUCACUGAAGAACUUGGCCCUAUCAUGGCAGAAUGGCCGGCGAAAGUUCCUUCAUGGGUUGAGCUUGAGGAACUGCCGUACUUACAGGCUCUAAUCAAGGAGGGUCUUCGACACAGUUAUGCUGUGAUGCAUCCCUUGCCUCGAGUUUCACCAGAUGUUCCUAUUCAAUACAAGCAAUGGACUAUUCCCGCUGGGGUUGCUGUUGCGAUGUCGCCUUAUCUGAUGCAUACGGAUACAUCGGUAUAUUCUAAGCCUUUUGAAUUCAUCCCAGAACGCUGGUUAGACGAGAACUUCAAUCAGGACAUGAUGCGUAACUUCGUUCCAUUCGCAAGAGGCUCCCGUCGAUGCCUCGGUCAGAAUUUAGCACUGGCAGAGCUUAGUCUGGCACUAGCUGUCUUCUUCAGGCCAGGUGGCCCUCGUUUAGAGCUUUUUGAGACUGAUACUUCUGAUACGAAUCAUGUCCAUGAUUAUGUGGUGCCAUUGCCGAGACUAGAUACCAAAGGUAUUCGUGUCACGGUGCAUUAAGGUCCAUGCUUGCAUACGGUCACCAAUUUCUGAGCAUAUAUAGCGAAUUACUGAAACAGUUUCGUUAUUCAAGUUAUGACUAUACUGUAUGUUUUAUGUUUUAUGUUUAGGUUUGGCAUUGUGAAUACUUUUCUACUGUUUCAUUCUCA